AUGUCUAAAGAAUCAAGGAAAAAAAGUCAUGCUUCAUCUGUUUCAGAGAAGGUCAAAGAGAUAAAACAGAGACAAGACAAUUGGAUGAAACAGAGAGCCAACUACAGAGAUGAAGAAGUUUCAGUUAAAAAAAGUAAUGGUACCUACAAAAAGGAAAACUUUCCUAAAGAUAGUAGUGAUAGGCAGAUUGAGAGUUCGCCAGAUGUUAAGAAUAAAUUUAAGAACUGGUUGGAGAAAAGAGAGAAAGUUAAAAAUCGGAACAAUGACACGUUGAAUGGUUUUGAUGUUGAAGUCAAAGCAGAGAACUUUGAUAGAAUUGUUGUGAAUUCACACCUAAGAUCAGAAUGUGAAAGUGAUUUCCAACUGCUUCAGGAAAGACUUCUAUCUACCAAAGAUUUUGAUGCUAAAGCUGACAGUAUUGUGAAUAAAGUUCGAAGAGAUUUGAAUCUAUCAUCUAAAUCUGUGGAACCAAUAGAUAGAAGUCAAUCUUGUAUUGAAAAUCAUGUUUCCAAAUAUCAAGAUAAAAACAGUUAUUUACCUAGUCAUCUUUGUCCAGUCUGCACAGUUUCUAUGGUUUCCUCUAAAAAUUCACCAAUGUUACUGAUACCUUGUGGUCAUACAGUAUGUCAACAUUGUAGUGACCAGAGCCAGAUGUGUGCAGUGUGUGAUUGUGAUGUUACUAAUGUCACUUGCAACAUAAUGUUACAACAAAUUAUCCAAGAAUAUGGUGUACCUAAGAAACAGGAUGCACUACAUCAAACGAGACACCAAUCAGCAAAAACUAUAGGAGAAUACUCAUCCAAUAAGUAUCAAAACAAAUCUCAACCCAAGAAGGUAUCUCAGUAUAAGAAAUAUCAAGAGCAACUAGAAAGUUUUGAAACAAGAAUAGAAAUUCUUCAAAAUGAACAUAUGUCAGUAAGUGAGGAGAUAAAAGACAUGGAUACCCAAAUAGGUGUAGAACACAGACAAUUACGAAAUAUUGAGAGACAACGAACUCAAAUUGAGGAUGAAAUAUCACAACUUCAAGACAAAUUACAGACUUUAGGUCAACAUGAAGAAGAAUAUCAUGAAAAAUGUGCUAAUCUAGAACAUGUUAAAGAUGAAUUGAAGACUAAAAUGUUGAUGCUAGAUGACACUAUAGCCUCCCUAAAACAGGAGGUAGAAAAGGUAUCAUUAUAUUCUUACAUUUAUUUUACCCUGGAAAGUAUUCACAUUCAAAUGCCAAACUGUGUUUAUGGGUUUUGGCUUCAUUUGUCCAGUGAAUUGUAG